ACAUGGCUGCAUGGAGGGAUGGACCGAAUGGAGCAGCACAGAUGCACAAAGGAAAACAAAAAGGAAACUGGGGUGUUGUCACGCUGCCAGUGAGGCUCUUGUAUGGGGGUGGGGGUGAAUCCGUCGCACCGUGAGGUAUUUCUGCGGCUCAGGAACAUAUAGUUUCUAUCGGGAGCUGGGCGGUUCGUGAAAAGUGACGACCAUUUAAACUGCAGACCACCUGCAAAAGCCAUGACGAGCUUAAUUCAAGGAAUCUUCCUUCUUUCUGCUCUCUGCUGCUCCCUAGCGGACAAUGUGCCGCUGGUCCGCACCAAGCGAGGGAACCGCUUUUACAGAGGUGAGCCUGACAGGCAGCCGGCUAGACGGACGCUUUUGAUUGUUCAGUUGAAGAAGCCUUCACCUUCCUUUGAAACAUCCUUUCUGUGUGCGGAUAGUGAAACGUCCACAGUACGUAGUUUUGGUGACACUUGGCUGCGUUGGAAAGGACAGCGUGUGGAGUAUUGCCGUUGCGCUUUACGAGGAAGACAGCUUUGUCAUGUUGUGCCUGUCAUCAACUGCUACGUGUCCCAGUGCUACAACGGGGGAACCUGUAAGGAGGCCGUCUACUCAUCCGACUACAUAUGUCAGUGCCCCGCCGGUUUCAGCGGCGCUCAGUGUGAGAUCAACACCAAUGAGAAGUGUGCUGUGGGGAAGGGCGAAGGCUACCGCGGGGCCUGGAGCAUCAGUCAGACAGGAGCCGAGUGCAUCAACUGGAACUCCACGUCUCUCAGAGGAAGAAGGUUCACAGCUCGAAAAUCAGACGCCAGAAGCCUUGGGUUGGGCAAUCACAACUUCUGCAGGAAUCCUGACCGGGACAGCUCACCCUGGUGUUACAUCUAUAAAGGCACACAGAUAGACUGGGAGUUCUGUUCCGUGCCCAAAUGUCCCCAAGAUAAGAACAGAGAGUGUGUGGUGGAGUUAGGUCAGAACUACAGAGGCACAGCGUCUGUCACUAAGAGCGGCUCCAGCUGCCUGCCGUGGGACUCUCCUGCCGUUAAACGCAAGCUGAACAACGCUUGGAGAUCCAACGCCUUGGACUUGGGGCUUAGCAACCAUAAUUUCUGCAGGAAUCCUGAUGGUGAUGCGGCUCCAUGGUGUCACACCUACAAAAACAUGCAGCUGACCUGGGAGCUUUGUGACAUACCCAAAUGCUCGAGACGUCCGUCUGUCAUCACCACUCCUGGCAUACGUGCUCCCACCACUAACAAUAACGGAGCGACGUGCGGCCAACGCUUGGACAACACCUUGAACCGGCCGGCUUUCCGGAUGGUCGGCGGCAGAAACAGCGACAUCACGGAGCAGCCAUGGCAGGCCGCCAUCAACGUCUACCAGGCCCGCCUCAGGAAACACUUCCACCGCUGCGGAGGAAUCCUCAUCGACUCCUGCUGGGUUCUGUCCGCGGCACACUGCUUUGAAAUCAGCGACAAAGCGGAGAAGCUGCAAGUGGUUUUGGGACGGACGUUUCGGAAGCACAACUCGAGCGGCGAUCAGAUCUUUGAGGUGGAGAAGUACUGGAUCCACGAGAAGUUCAACAAUGAAACAUUUGACAAUGACAUUGCUAUUUUAAAGCUCAAGACGGACAUUGGCAUGUGUGCCGUGGUCUCUCCAGAGGUUCGUCCAGCUUGUCUGCCCGAACAAGACCAGGCGCUGCCCGACUGGACUGAGUGUGAGAUCUCAGGCUACGGAAAAGACUCAGAAUUUUCUGAUGAGUACUCAGAGCGAGUUAAGCGAGGCUACGUGCGGCUUUGGCCCAAAGAGCGCUGCGUUCCAGAGGUGCUGUCUGGACGGACCAUCACCUCCAACAUGCUGUGUGCAGGCGACACCAGAGGGCUGGACGAUGCCUGCAAGGGAGACUCUGGUGGCCCUCUUGUCUGUCGCAACAAGGACAGGAUGACUCUGAUGGGCGUGAUCAGCUGGGGGGAUGGAUGCGGGCAGAAGAAUAAGCCAGGGGUCUACACGCGCGUCUCCCACUACAUCGACUGGAUCAACAGCAAAAUGACAGCGAACCCAGUCUAAAGUCAGGCUAAAUGCAAGCAAAGGCGUUGUUGAAGGACUCAAACACAUUGGAUGAGCAGUUUAUCAUGAUGAUAGACGGAGAAAUCCAUGGCACCCAUGACUGUUUGGAGAACGGAUGGAGGGUUUGAAGUCAGCAGGACGGAAACGCGGCCAAAGGGUCUGUGGAGUUCAGCGUGGCUCCAUAUCUUCAAAGUUUCCAGUCUUCGCUGUUGUGAUUGAACUGAUUAUAUAGUCAGAAAAAAUACAUUUUAUCCUCCUUCCGGGGGCUGUUGUAUAAUAACCCUGAGAUGUUUUGCCAAUUAUCGAUGACGAAGCUUAUUUUCCACCUACUGCUAUCAACAGACAUGAAGCAAUGGUGGUGAAUCUAAGUAGAAUAAUAGGAAGGAAGGUUUCUUCUCUCUUUAUUGCAGUUUCACAGAAAGAAAUUAAGAGCUAUUGGCAGAUCUGAAGCACUUCUAUUCCCUCUGCAUCUUCAGAGAGCUUUUUGCAGCAACUCACAGCUACUCUCCAAGAGGGCUUAUCUUAUGAUGGCAUUUAUAGGAUAAAUUCAAUUCAAUUAAAUUUUAUUUAUAUAGCGCCAAUUCAUGAAACAUGUCAUCUCGAGGCACUUUGCAAAG